GGUUGGCAACAGUAAUUAGAUUGUAGAAGAAGGGACCUUGAUGAGAUAAAUAAUGCAUUUAUGUAGUGAAAGAAUUUCAAUAAAAGAACAUCAGUGUGCAUUUAUAAACUUAAUAUUAUUCUGCUUUAGUGCAAGAUGACGCAAAUUACUUUCCUAAAAUUUAUGCAGCCUAUCAUAGUCAUGGACACGUGCAUUACGCUGUCAAGAAGUAAUAACUUUUUUAUUGUUGAAUGAUAUUAAUAUCAAAACAAUAAUAACAAUAAUUAAUGAUAUCUAUGGCUAAUACAGUAUUAUUUUUAAAUUGUGCUAUUAUGGCAAACACAGAAAGUAAAGAUUCUUCGAAUAAUGCUGAAAACUAUCAGUUUGGGUCCUUGAGUGUUUAUUCUAAUUCUUCUACACCUUACACGGAUGCAACUAAAUGUAAAAAAACAGCAAAACAUAUUAAGCGUCCUAUGAAUGCUUUCAUGGUUUGGAGUCAGUUUGAAAGGAAGAAAAUACUUGAACAUCAGCCUGAUAUGCAUCAUGCUGAGAUUAGCAAAUUGUUGGGUAAAAGAUGGAAACUCUUGACGAAAGAGCAGAGACAACCAUUCAUUGAAGAAGCAGACCGUUUGCGCCAUUUACACAUGAAAGAAUAUCCCGGAUAUAAAUAUGCUCCAAAAAAGAGAGUGAAAUUAAAGAAAACUAGUCAUUCGAAAUUAACAGUUACAAUUAUUAAUAACAAAUCCAAUAGCAAGCCAACAAAUACAUCACAAAGUAAAGCAAUUGGUACCGGUGUUGAUAAAACAUUUUCUGAGGAUGAAUAUGCUUUGAAAUUAACUAUCAAUAAAAAAUUUCAGAAUAAAUUGCAUGCUGCUAUUGCUUCCAGUUGUAAGAUGAAUCCUAUAACCAUUGAAAAAAAUUCUGAUACUGUACAAAGUUUAUCUACUGAGGAAAGCAUUGAAAAAGAAAAUACCAAUGCAUCCCCAACUGAAAAUGUAACUAAUCAUGAAUUGGGAAAUAAAUCUUCUAAAAAGAUACAUAAUAAAGUAUUUUUAAGUGCAGGACAUAUUUGUGCAGCUGCAUAUGCAAGCAAAGAUAAAUGGGCAGAAACUUAUGAUAAUUUAACUGAAAGAACAUUUCAGCAAGCUGAAGAAAUAAAGAAAGAAUUGAAAUUGCUGGUUGGUGAAUACUAUUCCUUAACUGCUGGUGAUGAAUGUGCAUCUCUACCAUUUGAGCUUUCUGACUCUGAUGAUGAUAGUAUUUGUGAAGUGACUGAUGACUUGAUAUGACUGAGAUUUUUUAUUUUGAAAAUUAAAAUGUAUUUUUAUAUAAGAAAACAAAUAUAGGUUUUGCAUAUUAA